AUGGCGAGUGGCGGUGACGCGCAGGGCCGGCGACCAAUGGCGAGCGGCGAUGACGCACAGGGCCGACGGCCAAUGCUAUGCGCCGGGCUCCCGCCGCUGCUGCGCGCGUGGCGCGUGCCGCCCGCGCCGCCGGUGUCAGGCCCAGGGCUCGGCCCGCACCCCGCGUCCGGCCCACUGCUGCCGCCGCGCUUCUACCCACGAUACGUGCUGCCUCUCGCCUUCGGCAAGUACUUCGCGUCGGUGUCGGCGCACGUCAGCAUCUGGAAGGUGCCGGUGUCCUACGCGCACACGGUCAAGGCCACCAUGCCUAUCUGGGUGGUCCUUCUGUCUCGGAUCAUCAUGAAGGAGAAACAGAGCACUAAGGUGUACCUGUCACUCAUCCCCAUCAUCAGCGGUGUCCUGCUAGCCACUGUCACUGAACUGUCCUUUGACGUGUGGGGGCUGGUCAGCGCCCUGGCAGCCACACUGUGCUUCUCCCUUCAGAAUAUCUUCUCUAAAAAGGUGCUGAGGGACUGGAGGAUCCACCACCUACGGCUGCUCAAUAUCCUGGGCUGCCACGCCGUGUUCUUCAUGAUCCCCACAUGGGUUCUGGUGGACCUGUCCACUUUCCUGGUCAGCAGCGACCUGGCCUAUGUAUCCCAGUGGCCCUGGACGCUACUGCUGCUGACUGUCAGCGGCUUCUGCAACUUCGCACAGAAUGUCAUCGCCUUCAGUAUCCUUAACCUCAUCAGCCCACUUAGCUACUCAGUUGCCAACGCCACCAAGAGGAUCAUGGUCAUUACUGUCUCCCUCAUCAUGCUGCGCAACCCAGUCACCAGCACCAAUGUGCUGGGCAUGAUGACGGCUAUCCUAGGAGUCUUCCUGUACAACAAGACCAAGUACGAUGCAAACCAGCAGGCCCGUCGGCACCUCCUCCCUGUCUCCACAGCAGACCUGAGUGGCAGGAGCCCACUGGAGAAGCCACACAAUGGCGCACUGUUCCCCCAGCACAGCGACUUUCAGUAUGGCCGCAGCGUGCUGCUCACAGACCACUUCCAGUAUGGCCGCCAGGGCCAUGGGAACUCCUACACCCUCAACCGCCAUGACGUGUAGACUUGGCCCUCCAUGGGCUGUAAAGCUUGACCACAGGGUGGGCAGCCACAGGCUCUGGGCAAAAGGAGCAAAGUGAGACCCCGCUUUGCAGGAGCAGAGGCUGACGUGGCACCGCAGGUGACUUUAGGACUCUGCAGAAGUGCCCUCACUGUGGCCACAGCCGGGGAAGCCAGCAGCAGGAAGGCGGGGCCAUGGUUUGGACAUUCAAGGACUGACACGAUGCCAUGGGGCACGGGGCAAGGAGCCUGAGAUAGCAACUCAAGAUACAGCUGCAGCAGAGGUGGCCCCGGGGCCCUCUGCCAUCAGUGGCAGCUUGGCAUUGGACUGGCCUGUUCUGCACUCUGUACAGGAUUCCACACAGACCUAGCGGGCUUGCCAGUACAGAGGAAGGGACUGGCCAUGUCCCUGGCCCAGGUGGCACUUGACCAAAGGGGUUGGUGGCCAGCAGAGUCACUUAUGUCGUCACUUCUAAGUGUGAACCCUGAAGUGGGAGGCCUCUACUCUCUCACUCUUCUUCACAGGAGAUCUCUAGGCCCCUGUGAGCUCUCACACCUGCAUCCCUGUCACACAACCUGGCAGACUGACUGAUGGAUCAGAAACCAUCUCUGAGCAUCUUGAAACAUGGGAGUCCUGCUGCGGCUUGUCCCUCAGCUUGGCGACAGCAGGGUUGGCCAUGGUGCCAAGAGGUAGAAUCCAGUCUUUGAACAGUGUUUUGUGUUGGUGACAGGACAAAAUGUGUAUGUCAGGAUCUGAACUGUAUCUUAGGAAAGGGGACAAGGAGGGGUGAAGAGCUGGAUCUUGGUGUCUUUAGUCAAGAGUCAGCUUAGGGGCUGGGGCUGGGGUUCAGUUGAUGGAGUAUUCGCCUAGCAUGCACAAAGUCCUGGUCCCCAUCCCUAGCACCGCCUAAAACUGGAUGUGGUGGGGCAUGCCUGUCAUCCUCAGCCACACAGUGAGUUCAAGGCUAGCCUGGGCUAUAAGAAACCCUAUCUCAAAAAAAUAAACAUCAGUUUAGGGACAUAGCACACACUCAGAAGUGGAGGCAGGAGGAUGGCCAUGUUUUUUAGUCCAACCUGAGCUACAUAGUGAGACUUUCAAAAACAAAAAGUGUCUGGACCCACACCUGUGAUUCCAGCUACUUAGGAAGCUGAGGCGAGAGGAUCUCUUGAGCCUAUGACUUUGAGCCCAGCCUGGAGAUGUAACACAGGGAGACCCUAUCAUAAACAUGAAAGAAAUUCAGUGCCCAUGCAUGCAAAGCAGGCAUGUGACAGUACCCCAGGAUAGUGCUCUCACAAGAGGAACCCCAAACUUAGCUUGUGAAGACGGGGUUUGUCUGUUUUGUCUUGAGACAGGGUCUCACUAUAUAAAUCAGGCUGACCUUAAACUCCUAGCAGACCCAGAGAUCUUCCUGUUACUUCUUCCUCAGUACUGGGAUCAAAGACUACCACCAUGCCAGACUGGCAUUAUCCCUUUUGUUUUUUUGAGACCUCUCAGUCAGUAACCCAGGCUGGCCUUUGGCUUGUGGCAGUCUUCCUGCCUCCAUCUCCCCAGGCUGUAGUGACAGGUGUGUGUCACCCCACCCCAGCCUUGACUCCUGGUUUUGUUGGGGUCUGCUUUUGAUGAAUUGAAGACUGAUGUUUAAAGUUUUGAUUUAUUAUCUUAGUUUCCUGCUUGCCUGAAUUUCAGCAACUCUGGCCUCAGACAGUCCCAUCUGUGUCUCAGGUUUGCUUGUUUAUAGAUGUGGGGAAUAGGAAGCAGUGUCCUGCUGGGCACUUCUGUGGGGGCCAAGGGUCAGCUCUGGGUGCUCACAACUUGAGUAGCCACACUGCAGAUGCACUGAUGGGAGAUCUAGAUGAUGUGGCUGUGGGCCUCUCACUGAACUCUACAAUGAAUUAUGCCUUUGAGGUUCCCAUGAUGAUGCUGUAAUUUGUAUAUUAGUGUUUUUCCUUUUCCAGUGCAGUGUCUGCCAGGAAGGGGAAAGGCCCAUCUUGCUUUUCUUACAGUUUAUAAAUUAAUAAAUGGAGCCAGAUAUGGUGACCAGGCACAUGGGGUCCAUUUAAUCCCAGGACUCAGAAAGCAGAGGCAGGUAGAUCUCUCUGAGAGCAAGUGUGAAUGCUGGAAGGGUUAGACAAUCUCAGUAGACCAGAUUCUCAGAUCACAAAGCAAAAACAGGACUCUUGCUUGGAGCUCAGUUGAUAGAGUGCUUGUCUGGCAUGCACGAAGCCCUGGGUUCUAUCCCUAGUACCCCAUAAACUGUGUGAGGUGGUGCAUAACUGUUAUCCCAGUGCUCUGGAGACCAAGACAGGAGGAUCAGGAGUUUUAAGAGUCAUGCAUAGCUACAUAGUGAAUUUGAGGCAGCCUGGGCUACAUGAGACCCUGUCUCAAAAAUGAACAAAACAAAACAGACUUAGAGGACCUAGUGGUUCAGUUAACCUUGGCCUGUUCUAGGUGCGUGUGGGUCCUGUAGCUCUCUUCAGCUCUGGCUCCGUCGUGUGCUUCUGCUGGGUACCUGUUUAGAGGGUAUCGGUUGCUCUAUACAAUGAAGUGGCCUGGCCAAAACACGGCCUCUGACACAACUUAAUUUUGCAGAGGUAGAAACUGAGGCCCAAGAGCAAUGUCUGUUCACUCUUAGAACACGUGGAGUGGGACUUUUGAAUUUUUCAUUUGAAACAGGAUCUGGUUAACAGCCCAGGCUAGCCUCAGAAUUGAGGCCCUCCUGCCUCAGCCUCCUGAGUGCUGAGAUGACAAGUACAGGGAGUCACACCCAGCUUCAGCCGGGAUGAUGCACCUUAUUUUAAACCAUUUCUUAGAGAGGGAAAACUUCCUGGACAAAGGAGAUAGCCAUGUGUGUGGAGGAGUGCUUCAGUCUUCCGUUCCCCUAUGUUGGAGGGAUAUGGGGCAGCUCAUCACGAUCAAACCCCAAACCCAGAAUAGUUAGGAUCCAAAAGUGUUGAAUCACACACGGAGCUAAAAACUGUUAGCAUUCUUUCUCUCCCACUGUCAUCUGGUUCUGAGGACUCAGUGCCAUAGACUGUUUGUGGGAAUAACUAUGUUCAUGGUCAGCAAUCACCAAAAAUAAACCAUGGCCUCCAGAAA